AUGCCCCAGACAUAUGAAAACAGCAACACACACGCGAGCACCAACCCACGAGUGGAUCCAAGAGCAACUAACCUGGGGGGUCGGGAUCUCAGUUUGAGCAGCCUCGUGUUCUGUUGGAAGGUGGCACCGAGGUUCUCGCUGUCUAGGUACGGUGGUGGUAUGCUGCCUGUGAUAGCCGACGCGUUGACAUCAAACGGGGUUCCCAAGUUCACAUCUGUAGGUGACACCUCAGUGAAGUUAGACAGGACCAAGGAGUGUGGACACACAAUAAUCGAAGUGUCCUGA